AGGAGCUGGUGGCCCCAUUUCUCAACACGAUCCUGGUGUUCUUCUGGCAACUGCUUAUGUUCAUUGGAGUUGUGUUGCCGUGUCUAGCUCUAAAGUACAUAUCUGUCUCAGCCCUGCCGUGGAUAACUGUGGCCAGGCAGGAGUUUAGAGUGGGCAUGUAUGCAGACCAUAUCGAUGGGAAGGUUUGCAACACCCGCCGAGCCCUCUCUUUGGUAAAUGCGACCACUCCCAGGCUGUACGCCGACUAUCUGCGGCUUGUUAGCGUCGGCAGCGCCGCGUUGCGAGAUUUGAAGUAUAAUCUUGCAGGUGUAGAGAAUGUGCAGACACUGAAUAAACCUAACCACAACCUGGCGAACUUCCUUUGUCACCUGAACGCCGCUUCGUACGAGGACGAUAUAGUGCUCUCUACCUUCAUUUUUAAGCUCAGAGAGCUGUUCAACGACGACUUAGAGUUCCACAGGUUUGGUCAUGAUCGGGGAAUGGUACUGGUGGUGUGGUCGGUCAUCAGUAACUUCGUGUGUAUCUCAUUCAAGGGCUCCUCGCCGCUUCACCUGGCUCAGUACGUGAUGAACACGGGGACGCAGAAGCGCUUCUCGGCGACCGGCAUGUUCCGUGGCGGUGUGCACACGACCGCAUACGAUGCUCUCCAGUUACCCAAUACUUCCUACAACAAGACGCAAGCUGAGAUGCCUCGAGGCAUAUACACGGGCGAGGAACCACAGCAAGUGCCGCUAGUCUACGCGAUCAGUAACUUCAUCACAGAUGUGGUGCUGCCGAGCUUUGAGCCCAGAAGCGAUCGUGCGCCCAAGCCACAACUGUGGAUUUCGGGGUUCGGCCUCGGAGGCGCCACAGCGUCGCUCUUCACGGCUACUAUCCUCCACACUUCGCGCGAUGAGCUGGGUUUGCAUCACACGACGCCAUCUCUCAAUUGGGACGACAUAUUCACUCUGCGAGGCACGUACACUUUCGGCGCACCGCCUGUGGGCGACGAGGAGUUCCGCAGGUGCGUAGUAUGA